AUGCACCCUCCUCCUCCUCCUCCGAUCCUCAUCUCCAUCCAUGCCGACAUCCGCCCUCUCCCUUCUUCCCCCGGCCAUCUCCCUCAAAUCCCCGCAAGCGGUCUAGCCAAGCCCGAUUCCUUGCACCAGGGAGUGCUACUGCCGCUCGUACCAGAUGCCCUUGCGCUCAUCCGCACCACCCCUCUUCCCAGUUGGGCAUUGGUCCUCGCCUCCAAUGUCUCCACUGGCUGGCCCGGCACUGGCCUGGCCGCUGGGCUCCUCCAGUGUGGCCUUCCACUGUUGGUGUCUCAGGAGCUGGUCAUCACUGGCCCCUCUGAGCCACUCACUAUCUUAUCUGGGAUCCCCCUCUGUGCUCAGACUCAUGUGAGGUUGUUGUGUGCUGUGUGCUCUCUUCCUUUGGGCUGGCAGGAGUUGCCCUUACAGCGAAUCGCAUUUGUGAUCAACAUCAUGCAUUUGUUUGGACACAAAUGGGAUUGUCAGCUGGUGUAUAGUCCAAGAUUCUUUGUCGGAAUGGGCCUGUCUGACAUGGAAGGUGUUGAACGCUUUUGGUCGCGGGUCCAGAAACUGAUCAAUUUGACCCGGCAACAAUGGCAAUCUCGUUGUAUCUGGAUACUAGAUGAAUACACCGCAUUCGUGAAUCAGGAGGGCGCUGAGAAGCUCGGGGAUUGGUUGGAUCGCCAGCAGGCCAAUCUUCUCCCCAAGUACCGACAGAGCAUCAAGACAUUACAUGCCUGUCGUGUGUCAGAGAGAGAGCUACAAUCUCAGUGGAGGGCACAAAAGGCGGCACAGAGUAGCCGAAACAUCAAGGCAUCUGCGCGGUUCCGUAAAGAUCUGGACAAAGUGAUUACUCUCCAGAAUCAGAUCGUGUCUGUUGAGACCGCCAUUCUGGAUGUGAAGAAGUCAAUUGGAACCUCAGGCGCAUCUGUGGAGACGUUGUGUCAUCUUGAUGAGAUGGAGGACACCCACAUGGAGCUCAGUGACCGUGCAGAUGCACUGUAUGCAUCGCUUAAUCUGCGGCACACAUUUCCCCAGCUCUCUGGAUUGCCGGCAAACUUUGUCAAGUUGCUGCUUACAAUGCAUGACUUGAAAGUAAACAUCCGGAAGCGUGCAGUUGGGUCAUUUUACGAGAUGGAGACUUUAGAUCGUGCUGUAGGUGGGAAGAAGGAGAGUUUGGGAACAAAGUUUCACCAACAGACUCGAAAGGCAAUGGCUAAGCAACAUCCAAUUCUCUAUCGCCUGAUUGAGCGUUUCAAUUCGCUGUGCGAGAAAACCGAGGAGGAAUUCCCCGCAGGCUGUCAUCUCCCUGUUCCCCACCCACUACCCACACGAUUAGCGUCUCUCCGAAAUGACCUAACACUGUACGAGGAUGUCUGCGUCACACCAUCAUCUGGAGCAAUUCUGCGUUGGUUGGACAACUCAGAUGUUCGGGAUGGGAUUCAAAACAUGCACUCUGUUGAUCGAUGCACGGAGGAGAUGCCACGGCUCAACCGAGAGCAUGCCAACCUGGAGCUGUAUCUCCUGGCAGAGACAGCACUCGUAUCCAGAUGCAUCCAUGAGGCAGCAGGAGAUCCACUGCUUCAGCAUCUCCUUCAGCUCCGGGCCACAGAUCUCAAAAGCCCUGAUCUGGAUGCAUCUGCUGGGAAUAUUGAUGGGAGCGCAAGUGCUCAUCUUCAUCUUGCAUCAGCGGACAUUCCACUGGUCGAAGAAAUCCCUGAAGAGAACCUUGAUGAUGACAUCAAGAUCCUUGAAAUGCAGGAUACCCUGCAGAAUGUCGAUCUUGAUGAUGACGAGGAUACAUCUGCAUUCGCGCAAUCAGAUGUCAAUGUCGCAAUACAUUGGGAAUGUCCAGAAAUCACAUACGAAUCAACCAUGUUCAUAGAGCUUGAGCAUCACAACAACAAUCUUAACAAAUAUCGUGGUGAUGUCCCACAUGUUGUUGUUCGCGGUCACGAGCUCAAGAAAUUGACAAUUCUGGCGGAGGAUCUGGCCAGGUUUAUCAAUCCGACUGGCCUUCUCAGUGGGCAUGGCAUCAAUGGUGUAGCCGCCUCAAUGCUUGCAAUGUUUGGUCAAGAACACAGUCCAUACAAUGUGCAUGCUCGUUGCUGUGCUUUGCUGUCAACUUAUGAGCUUCCACGGAUCCGUUCGGAAGCACGAGACAAGUUCAUGUGGGCUGAACUGUCACCACUUUGCUACUGGGAGAAGGAUUUCUGGAUUCUCCCCAUCCAUCGCGCCUCCCAGCAGCACUGGGUUGUUUCAGUGGCCUCUAUCCCCAAUCAGAAGAUUUUCUUCUUUGAUAGUCUCUCUGGGUGCAGCCGCUUCCGGAAGGAACUCCAGGAGUUUGUUUUGCUCAUAUCACGCAUGACCGCCCUUGCAAACCGGCACAGGAAGCGGUUGAACAUUUCAGAAAAUGAUUGGCACGCAUAUUCCCUGUUCACACCGGGAAACCAAAACAAACAAAUGGUUACGAUUGUGGGGUUUGGAUCCUGGCAGUAA